AUCCAUUCACCACAAAAAAAAAAAAAAAAACACACGCACACACAGAGACACAAACGUUAUUGACCUCGAAAGAGGAUUGAACAUGAACCAUAGCGGUGUGAUCUGAACGAGUGUCACUGCACAACACAAGGCUUUGAACUAUCUACUGCUUUUCUUCACACUCUAUCUGUGUCCUGAUGUUCUGUUUUCUUUUCUCUUUGACAGGGGAAAUAACAAUCUCUUCAUAAUGGAGAUAAGUAUUACUAGGUCUCAUCUUGAAGCACAAGGAAUAUUCUUUUCAAAUAUUUCAAGAACGAUAGGAUGGGAAAGUGCUAAGAAAUUUCAAUGUAAUGUGGCUGCCCAGAGUUCAAGACGGAACAUUCACAGAGUGGCCUCUUCCUGUCAUGCUUUUACUGCAGUUUAUCCUAGAAUGCCUUUUAUCUGUAGAGUAAAUUCUAUGCCAGUUAGUUUACAGGAAUCUGCAUCAUAUGGAGAUAAUUCUUUUGAGGAUGAGGAUCCAUCUACAGACUCGGAAGAGGAAACUUUGGCAAAGCCACUUACCUGUGAGCAGAUAUCGGCACUGCUUGCUGACACUCAGAGAUCAAGACUCACUAAGAAGCUUAGUGAAGCCAACCAGCAGAAUCGGUUCUUAAAAAGACAGUUGCAUGUAAAGGAGGAUGCAUUGAUAAAAUUCAAAAGUGAACUUGCUGUCAUGGAGCUUGAGAUUCAGGCUUUGGCCAGACUAGCAGAAGAAAUUGCUCAAUGUGGUAUUCCAGAAGGUUCAAGGAAGAUCAAUGGAAAGUACAUUCAUUCUCACCUUGUUGCCAGAUUAGAAGCUGUACGUGGACAACUGAAGGGACAAAUUAAGGAUGUUGAAGUGGCACAAUCGAAGGAGGUUUCUGUGUUUUGGGUUGGCAUGGCUGAGAGCGUGCAAAUUAUGGGCACCUUUGAUGGCUGGAGCCAGGGGGAGCACCUUUCACCCGAGUAUACCGGUUCUUUCACAAGGUUUUCAACAACAUUGAUGCUCAGGCCAGGAAGGUACGAGAUCAAAUUCUUGGUAGAUGGUGAAUGGCAACUGUCACCAGAGUUUCCCGUUAUUGGGGAAGGAUUAACGAAAAAUAAUUUGUUAGUUGUUGAGUAAUGAUCCCUAUUUUCAAUCCCAGUAACGGAUACAUUAGCAGAAAUUUGUGUUAUUUACUAGAAGUUAUUAAAAUUUACCUUCGUUAGCAUAUAACCACAAACACUUUUGAGUGUUAAUUUUGUUGCCUAGCACCUGUUGAAUGCACAAACACUUGUAAUUAUAUUUUAGGUGUGAGCUAAA